GAUCUAUAUCUCUAUACACCGUGUUGAUCCUCUGAUAAUGUUGGAUAUUCUCGAUCAAUACCCGAUAUGCUUAGCUGUGAUGCUCGUCAGCAAGAAUAGGUGCUACUUUACUAGCAAUUUAUGCGACAUCUAAGUUGGCUAUUCACUCCUGCUUGCAGGGAAUACUCUCAUUUAGUCAAAUUAUAUGGUUACGAAGAUAGCAUAACCCGUAUCACUCCUUAUCAUAAUGCGACUUUUCAUCCUUCUUACCAUCGUUUCGCUCAUACAUCUCGCACUCUCCUUGCCCUUGCCUGUCAGAUCAACGGAUGAGAAUGCGCUUCUAAAGUUCUUGGAAUCUACGAAUCGUCGCUUUCUAUCGCUUAUCACACCAAAUAUAUGGAUGAAACGACACGUCAAAGUGGGAGAUCGUUCAGACUUGGUCGGAGACCACAUACCGCAACAAACUAGAGGAAUAGACAGCAUCGAAAGAGACCUUGAUAUUGCCGACAAUGUUUAUCCGUCAACAACUUCUAAAGCGGAGUCAGUAGAGAGCUCUACAAAGCAAAAUGAUUCGAUAGUUAAGAGUCUUAAACGGGCCAACUCCUCUUCAACACCACCGAACGGCAGUGAUCGCAUCCCAAGCCUUGCCGCCGCUAUCAUAGUCACUACAUUCGCUGGUUUGGGCUUUACCUUUGUUCUAGUCCUGGGCAUCAUAAAAUGCAGACGAUACUGGACACGCCGUCAGCGCAAAAAGAAGGGCGAUUUGGCCUUUAGAUACUCCGUCACGUGCUCUAGCGAAGCCAAUUCCAGCUGGAAGAUGACUGCCAGUCGUGAAUCGUUGAUGUUUGAUGCGAAUCCCUCUUCAUCUGUGAGAUAUCUUGUCGAGCAGGACGGGGACGCGGUGACUCGAGUAUUCCAGACAAGCAGUGCAAAUGCCUCGUCCACCAGAGCCGGAGGCCCACUAAAGAGUCGUGUCAUCGUUACUAAAGCAUGUCUCCUCGCUCAAAGCCGUUCCCGUGGCGGAGGGCACGAAGGACAGCUCGCAUGUCAUAGAAAUCUCGUCGUCCAGUUUUUGGGGCUCGCCGCUGCUGGAAACUUCAUCACUCGCGACUGAUACUUUGUCAUCGAUAACGACAACAACGGCAGCAACUUCAACAUUGACAAACCAGUCCAAAUAUACUUCUUCUGUUCCCGCGGCAUCCCCUUAUGGGGCCAAUCUAGGCGCUGCGACCUCGAACGCCAGGUCGCAAGGUGACGGUAAUAAAAGACCGACGAGUCUCCUUGCAAUAGCCUUUGAUUCGAGCAUUCUCUUUGGCUUGCCGCCUAUUGAGCAGACGACUUCGCUUCUAGCCGAUUUCGAAGAUGGAUA